AUGACAAUUACUGAGAGUGUCACUGGAAUCAUAUGCGGUUUGAUAAUUCAUCGUACUGGUCGAUAUAUCGAAAUUAUUCGAGCAGGCACCGUUCUGUUUGCUCUUGGUAUUGGACUACAUAUUGAUUUUAGUGAAACGUCAUCCCUUGCCGAAAUUGCUGGUAUAGAAACUAUUGCAGGAAUUAGCGCAGGGAUGCUCUUCGAUCCCCCAUUACUGGCACUUCAAGCUAUGGUAUCUCAAGACGACACAGCAACUGCGACUGCAACGUUUAACUUGCACCAGAACAUAGGCUCUUUCAUGGCUACUGUUCUAGGCGGUGUUCUUUUCCAGAAUGGUAUGCGAAUGAGAACUCAAGGUCUGAACAACGCAGGCUUGCCUGAAACUGUUGUUGAGCAGCUCUCUGGUGAUGCUGCCGCUGCCAAUGUGGAUGUUAUUAAGAAAAUUUCAGACCUGACUCAGAAACUUGUGGUAAAAAGGGCUUUCGCAUCCAGCCUUCGGUAUAUCUGGAUUCUAGCCGCAUGUUUAGCUGCAUGCGGUGCUUUUGCGAGUCUCUUAAUCUCGAAGCAAGUUCUUAAUACAGAACAUGUUGAGACAGAAACAGGUAUUAGGAAAAAUGAGCCGGUCACAGUUGAACUGUCUACGCUCCAAGCUACCAAUUGA